CUUCAUCGCGCGUACAAAGUGCGGUUGAUCCUGAUCGUCCACGCGUUCCUCCGCCUUCUCCCACAAGAACCUGUCCACAUCUAUCUCUAGGACCUCUGAACACUCGCGCAGGGCAGAAGGUGAUCCCCUAUGGCAGAAAUGGCAUCAUGUUGGAGUGAUUCCGACACGGAGGAUGAGAUGAUGGGCCUGCGAUCCAGUCUACUGAAUGCUUUAGAUGCCAUUGAAACACCCGCGGCUUUUGCAUCCUCUGGAGAAAUUGGCUUUGUUGAUCCAGGGGUGUUUGUCCACGGUAUGGGUCCAAUCUACCUCCCCUUGGAGGAAUCACAAGCGCGACAAAUGAUCGAGCAGGCGCAUCAGGCCCCCUAUGGCAAGGGAAGCGAAACGAUCAUUGAUACCUCCGUGCGCAACACCUGGGAAUUGCACUCGGGUCAAUUCGAACUGCGAAGACCGAGCUGGAACACCUUGCUCGAGCGAGUGGUUGCCGGUGUCGCGCGGGAGCUGGACCUUGACUCGACCGUUCAUGCCGAGUUGUAUAAGAUGUUGAUCUAUGAGGAGGGAGCCAUGUUCAAGCCGCACACCGAUACAGAGAAGGCGCCUGGGAUGGUUGCGACUCUGGUCAUUGGUCUCCCCUCUGCUCACGAGGGAGGCGAGGUGGUCGUGAACCAUCGCGGACAGCAGAAGACCUUCAAGUUGUCCAACACUCAAUGCUCCUAUGCAAGCUGGUAUUCAGACGUUGUGCAUGAAGUGCUUCCGGUCACCUCCGGGUAUCGGUGGGUGCUCACCUACAAUCUUGCCCUGGAUGCUUCGCAACCGCGUCCCGCGGGAGGUCUCCAACCACCAGACAACUCUUAUCUUUACAAGACCCUCAAGCUCUGGGUGGAGCAGGAUGCAAGCCUCGGUCCUACAAGCCACUUCUGGUACCAGCUAGACCACGAAUACACGGAAGCCAGCAUUUCCCUCAGGGCCUUGAAGACGCGAGACCUGGCCUGCGUUCAGGCGCUAUACGAAAUCUCCACCAUGCUGCCCGUGGACAUCUUCCUCGCCGUUCUAGAAAAGACAGAGCACGGGACCUGUGAUUAUGAUGAUGAUGAUCGCUAUCACCCGUACGAUGCAAUGUAUACAGAAGGCUUUCAUCCCCUGGAGGAUGUUACGAGCACCACGUAUGAGGUCAAAUCGCUGGUCGACCUUGAUGGGAAAAAGGUGCUUCGGGGAAGGACGCUAGACACCAAAAGUAUUCUCCAGGCAGAUUGUUUCGAAGAUAUUUCCCCGGAAGAAUCCUACCGAGGCUAUCUAGGAAACGAGGGGCCGGAUGUGACGCAUUGGUACCGAGUGACGGCAGUGGCAGUGGUAGCUCGAUGUUCGACCGCGUCGUUCCUUCUAGGUGGUCUGCCGAAGAAGUGAUGAUGAUGACGAUAGUUCUAUUAACCUAAGCCUAUUUUUGCAUAGGAG